AUGUUCAUACCUAAAACUAAAGAAAAUGAAAACAUAGAUAGUUAUUUAGAUUUUAUUUAUAGUUCUUUAAUACAAGAUGAUAUUUUAGAAAAUGCUGAAAAUGAUGAUUCAAGUUCUACAAGUAAUGAUAAUAAACAAAUAACUAAACAAAAUAAAAUUGAAAACAUUAAACAAAUUGAAUGUUUGGAACUAACAAAUACAGAAAAUCUUAUUCAAAGAGUCUGUGCAGCCACAUAUCUUUUUUUAAAUAAACUAUGGGAAAUACCAAAUAAAGCAUCUUUAAUUGCAACAAUUUUAGACUCUCAAAUGAAAAAUUUUCUGUUUGCAAAUGGUUCUGAUUGUACACAGCAACGAAUGCAAGCCAAAUUUCUUUUAAGAAACUUAUAUACUCAACUUAAGCAAAAUUCAGCAGAUUGUGAAAAUAUUGAAGAAUGUAUUUCAACUGAAAUAAAUAAUAAUAUUGAAGAUAUAUUCACAAAAAUGUGGGCUACUGAUCAAAUAAUAGAAGAAGAUGAAGUUACCCAUUAUUUAUGCUAUCCUACACAUAAAUAUCUUUCGAUACCUGCUACAUCAGUUCCUAGUGAAUGUUUCUUUUCUGAUGCUAGAAAUCAUAUAUUAGCAAGAAGAAU